GAGCUUCUUCUCCGUGAUUGUGGUUCUGAGCUGGACCGCGGACCUGGACCCGGACUCCAGCGGGAGUCAGUGAAGCUGUCAUGGGCUGUGGCUCCACAGGAGACCGGCUCGUGCUGCAGUAGAGUCCGGACAGAGUCAGGUGCUCCGGGGCCUGAGGCUCCGCUCAGAGCCGCCGCAGAGCUGCCCCCGGAGCCCGCAGAGAAGCGGUGAUGUUAGCGGUGGGUCAGAUGGACGGGUCCCGACAGAGCGCCUUCCUCCUCAGCACGCCGCCUCUGGCUGCUCUGCACAGCAUGACCGAGAUGAAGACCCCGCUCUACCCGGCGUACCCGCUCUCCUCCAGCGGCCCCAACUGCUCCACUUCCCCGGCCACCACCUCCCCCAACCCGGGCGGCAUGGCCGUGUCCUCCCCGGGCAUCAAGUGCUCCACGGGUCUGUCCUCGGGGCUCGGCUCUCCGCAGCAGAGUUCCUCCGCCACCCCGCACGGGAUUAACGACAUCCUGAACCGGCCCAUCGCUUGCGCCACCACGGCCACGGUGGCCGCGGCUGCCGCCGCCGCCGCCGCCUCCUCCUCGGCGGGGCUCCUGUCCGGGCUGCCCCGCUUCAGCAGCCUCAGUCCGCCGCCACCGCCGCCCGGACUCUACUUCAGCCCCAGCGCCGCCGCCGCCGCCGUGGCCGUUGCCCGGUACCCGAAGCCUCUGGCGGAGCUGCCGGGAAGGACGCCCAUCUUCUGGCCCGGGGUGAUGCAGAGUCCGCACUGGAGGGACGCGAGGUUCCAGUGUUCGCCCCAUCCGAAUUCCGUGUUACUGGACAAAGACGGGAAGAGGAAACACACCAGGCCCACGUUCUCCGGACAGCAGAUCUUUGCUCUGGAGAAAACUUUCGAACAAACCAAGUACUUGGCGGGUCCAGAGAGAGCGAGACUGGCUUAUUCACUGGGAAUGACCGAGAGCCAGGUCAAGGUGUGGUUCCAGAACAGGAGGACCAAGUGGAGGAAGAAGCACGCAGCAGAAAUGGCCACGGCCAAGAAGAAGCAGGACUCUGAGACGGAGCGCCUGAAGGGGGCGUCGGAGAACGAGGACGAGGACGACGACUACAACAAACCCCUGGACCCGAACUCUGAUGACGAGAAGAUCACACAGCUGCUCAAGAAGCACAAACCUGCCCCAGGUCCCGGUCAGUGUCAGGGUCCCGGUCUGGUUCCGGGUCUUCUGCUCCACACGUCGGAGAUCGACAGUUCGUAACUGAGUCUUCCACGCGGGGGACGCUACGCUGUGAGCAGGACAAGUGUGCUGGACCGAGGACAUGAGGACAGAAGGACAUGAGGACAUGAGGACAGAAGCAGGGGCGUUACAACAGGGAACACUAAGCUAACCCAGCCCCC